AUGUACCCCGACCUGUACAAGGGGCUGAAGCUGAAACCGGAAGACCUGACGGCAUACAACAACCCUUUGGUAAGUUUCGAAGGGAAAACCGUUACUCCGAAAUGCCAGAUUAGACUGCCUAUACAAAUAGGCUCGGACAUAGUGGAGGUGGACAUCAUGGUGGUGGACACAUAUUCGCCCUACACCGCCAUUGAAGCUAGACCUUGGCUUCAUGCCUUGGGGGCUGUCUCCUUAACCUUACACCAAAAGGUGAAGUACCCAUCGGAGGGUCGGGUCAAAGAAGUGAUAGGGGACCAAGCCAUGGCCCGACAAUGCAUGGUGUCCGCCGUCUCGCGACGGCCGAGUGCCGAGCCCUCAACCUCUACCGAGAAUGGCUUAUAG